AUGGUGGGGUCCUUAGUAUGUAGAGAGCAGUUUGACGGUAUUGUUACAAGCUACCGACGAGCACGCCACAAAAGCUACGACACUGAUGAAGUGUUGAAUGGACCAGAAAGAGAACAGUGGAAAUUUGCUAUACAAAGUGAAUUUAGAUCAUUUGAAGACAAUGAUGCUUGGGCAUUAGUGGACAUUCCUCACAGUGGCACUGUAUUGGGUUUUCAAGCGAAAAAUUGA